UUUUGAGAAAAAAUAAGGGACUCAAAUGUAAACGUCUGUUUAUUUAUUAUUGUUAUAUGUUAGUCUCUGAAGGAAUGGCGUGGCCUCACAAUUUGAAGAUUAUGUGAAUUGUGAAGCAACAAAACAAUGACUGAUUCAAGAAUUGUUUGUUCAACCACUCUGAGUUUGUUGCUGUUGGCACUGAUUGGCCAUCCUCUGGCAUUUGCUCAGCCCAGAUUUUUGCGCUAUAAAUGCGUGGACGGAGGCUAUAACAACCGCACAACUGACGGCGCCGCCUACAAAGCCAAUCUGAAUCACCUCUUCUCCACCCUCACCACCGACCAUCAAAUUGACUAUGGCUUCUACAACUUCUCUUACGGUGCCGGCGAAAACAGAGCAAACGUCAUCGGACUCUGCAGAGGGGACAUUUCGGUGGAAACUUGCCGGAAAUGCCUCAACGACUCCACAGAUCUUCUCCCUGUGCGCUGUCCGACCCAAAGGGAAGCGAUUGGAUGGCACGAAAAUUGCAUGCUCCGCUACUCCGACCGCCCCAUCCUCGGCUCCAUGGAACUUUCACCGUCUAUUCUUGUGGGGCAUCCGUUCAAUGCGUCGAAUCCGGAAGGGUUCACUCAGGCGGCUAGGAAGCUGAUUUUGAGUCUCAUAGACCAGGCCUCCGCCGGCGAUUCCCGUGUAAAAUUUUCGACUGGGAACAUAACUCUUCCAAAUUUGCCAACAAUUUAUGCUUUCGCCCAGUGCACCCCGGAUUUGUCCCAGCGGCAGUGCAACGAGUGCUUCGUUGGGGCUCUGCCUAAAAUCCAUGAGUGCUGUGAUGGAAAACUUGAGGCCAGAGUUCUUACGCCCAGUUGUCAAUUUCGAUAUGGGGCUUACUCUGUCACUCAAUCGCCGCCGUCAACAUCCCUGUUGCCUUCCCCUGUUCCUCCUCUUCUUAACAAAAGUACCCACCAUGGAAAUAAAAAUAAAACCUCAGAAACUUUCAUAGCUGUGGUUGUGCCAAUUGCCCUCGUUGUAGUUUUAUCACUGACGAUUAUCAUCUACAUGGGCCUAAGAAAAAGUAGUCCAAAACCCGAUGAAGAAGAAUCGACAGGUCCAACUGAGGAAGAAACGACGACAAUGGGGUUAUUGCAGUUCGAUUUCGACUCCAUUAAAAUGGCAACAGAUGAAUUUUCAGAUGAAAAUAAAGUUGGGGAAGGUGGGUUUGGAUCUGUUUACAAGGGAAAGCUUCCAAACGGACGAAUCGUUGCGGUGAAACGGCUGUCUCAAGCUUCAAGGCAGGGAGUUAUUGAGUUUAAGAACGAACUCCUUUUGGUAUCUAAGCUUCACCAUCGAAAUUUAGUUAAGCUUUUGGGCUUCUCCUUCAAAGAAAAUGAAAAGUCUCUCAUUUAUGAGUUUUUGUACAAUGGAAGUCUUCAAAAUUUCAUUUUCGAUCCUCUCAAGCGCCAAAGUUUAGAUUGGGCAACACGCUAUAAAAUUAUAGAAGACAUUGUUCGAGGACUUAUCUAUCUUCAUGAAGACUCCCGAAUCAAAAUUAUUCAUCGAAACUUGAAAGCUAGUAACAUUUUAUUAGAUGUUGAGAUGAAUGCUAAAAUUUCAGAUUUUGGUAUUGCAAGAUUAUUCGCAUCUGAACAAACACAGACCAAUACAUCUACCAUAAUUGGCACUUGUGGGUAUAUGGCUCCUGAAUACAUAAGACAUGGCUAUCUCUCAUCAAAGUCAGAUGUCUUUAGCUUCGGUGUUUUACUUUUAGAGAUUGUGACUGGACAAAAAAAUAACCGAAUUCUUAGCAACGUUGAUAAUAUAGAAGACCCACUUAUAAGCUAUGCAUGGAGAAAUUGGAGGGAGGGAACACCAUUGAAUAUUGUAGAUCCUUCUAUUGAAGUUCAAAGGGAGAUAAGAAAUAAAGUGACACGAUGCAUUCAUAUCGGGUUACUUUGCAUUCAAGAAAAGGUGGAUGAAAGACCAAAAAUGACUACGGUACUUCUCAUGCUUAACGGUGACUUGACUAAUUUUCCAAAUCCCUCCCAACCUUCUUUCUUUAUGAAUGAUAGAACUCAACACAACCGCUCUUAGCCGAUGAAAGAUCAUCUAUCAAUCAUAAUGGUAUAAAUUAAAUGUUUUCAUUAAUGUUGAAAGAUGACUUAUAUAUGUUGGCUUGAUAAAUGUUCUAUUUUAAAAUUUCUCGUUUUUCUCCUCACUCUCAAUUUUUUACUAAACUACUGUGUUUUGUAAAUAAAAUACCAUCACGUUUACAAGAUAUGCCAACAUGAGCAUAUAGUUGAGUGAUAA